UCACAACCUGCUCAAAACUCUGCCAGCCAUCUUUUGUCGAAAAAUCAUUUGUUUCGUGUCUUCAGGGUAAAUUUCACAAUUGUAAUUAAUGUCAGAGCCACAGUCUUCGCUUUUAUUAAAAAAGCAAUUAGCUGAACUGAACAAAAACCCAGUAGAAGGCUUUUCUGCUGGCUUAAUAGAUGACAAUGAUAUAUACAAAUGGGAAGUCCUCAUUAUUGGUCCCCCAGACACACUAUACGAGGGAGGUUUCUUUAAAGCACAUUUAAAUUUUCCCAAGGAAUAUCCUUUGAGACCACCCCGGAUGAAAUUUGUGACUGAAAUAUGGCAUCCAAAUAUUGAUAAAAAUGGUGAUGUCUGCAUAUCAAUACUUCACGAGCCAGGUGAUGACAAAUGGGGUUAUGAAAAAGCUUCAGAACGAUGGUUACCUGUGCACACAGUUGAGACUAUACUGAUCAGUGUCAUUUCAAUGCUCGCUGAUCCAAAUGAUGAGAGUCCCGCUAAUGUUGAUGCUGCAAAAGAAUGGAGAGAACGAUAUUCGGAAUUCAAAAAGAAAGUUGCCAGAUGUGUUAGGAAAAGUCAAGAAGAUUGCUUCUAGGAGCAAAAGGAUAUUUAGAAAAGAAUAUAUAUAUUGCUGAAAAAGGGCCAUUGUGACACCGGCAAACAUUUUACUACAAACACUGAAAAACGUUAUACAUUUGGCAUCGCCGUACGCAUCCCCUUACACCAAAUCCGCACACGUCCACAGCUGAUGUGUUUGCUUAUUCUGUUUCAUUUUUGCAGAAAGAGUGGAGAGAAUCCUAUUCGGAGUUUAAAAGGAAAGUAGCACAGUGUGUGAGAAAGAGCCAAGAGGAUUGUUCCUAAUAACAGUGCCCUUUUUCAUAAUUUGUUUGGAUUGUGAGAGUGAUUGGUGAGAUGUGGUUAGGACGCUGAGCGGACGCCCCCGCCUGGCCCAGAGACUAUAUUCAAAUUGAUUUAAAAUAAAUACUUAUAAUAAUGAGAUGGUAUCGCUGCCGUAUUUUAUAAAUAAAAUAGAAUUGAAGGUCUUUUUUUCAUCUUUUUUAAGACAUGUUAGUUAGCAAUUGUUAUAAUGAUGAAAUGUGUAAGGUAAUUUUAUAGAAAAAUAAAUCUGCAUUUUUUUCUUCGUAAUCCCCCCUAUAUUGUCUGCUUUGAAGUAUGAUCUCUAUAUGAUAAAAACCAAAUUUCAAAAUGUUUUUUUAUGUAUUCAAAGUAUGAAAAUAGCAGCUUUAAAGAAUGUGCAUAAUACAUUUAAAUUAUUGGUUACUGAAGAGCUUGUAUUCAAUAAUCAUUGUUCGUGCUUUACGAACCCAAAUUAAUGUAGUGCUGAUUUUAUAAUCCACAUUAAUACCUAAUACUUUCAAUAAAUAAAAA